GGUUAGUAAGAUGGCGGCGGCUGUCUGUGAUGGAGAACUGGAGGGGGCAGACUGGGUGCUGCCUUCAGAGGUGGAAGUCUUAGAAUCCAUCUACUUGGAUGAGCUACAGGUGUCUAAAGGAAAUGGCAGAACUGUGCCCUGGGAAAUCUGCAUCACUCUAUAUCCAGCAACUGCUGAGGAUCAGGACUCACAGUAUGUCUGCUUUACUCUUGUGCUUUCUGUGCCCACUCAGUAUCCCAAUGAAGUUCCAAAGAUAAACAUUCAGAAUCCUCGAGGGCUAUCGGAUGAGCAGAUCCAGAAGAUUUCUCAGACACUACAGAGUCUUGCUGAGGAACAUCUGGGUACAGCCAUUCUUUAUGAACUAAUAGAGAAGGGAAAGGAAAUCCUCACAGACAACAACAUCCCUCAUGGACAAUGUGUGAUUUGCCUAUAUGGCUUCCAGGAGAAUGAAGCUUUCACAAAGACUCCAUGCUACCAUUACUUCCACUCACAUUGCCUUGCCAGUUAUGUAGCACAUAUGGAAGAGGAGAUCCGUGUACAGAAAAGGGAGACAGAGCAGACUUUGUCAUCUUUACCAAAAGAGGACGUUGAAGUACAGUGCCCUGUGUGCAGGGAGCCUCUGGUGUAUGACCUUGCAACACUGCAAGCAGCACCACCACCUCAGCAGACAAUGGAGAUAUACUGCCCUGAUGCAAAGACACUACAGCACAGGGAACAACUGCGUCUCAUCUACCAGAAACAGCAGGAGAAAGGUGGCAUCAUUGACCCUGAAGUAGAGAGAAACCGCUACUUUAUCAGCCUACAAAAGCCCCUAGAACAUACAUCCAUCUCAGAAACUGUCUCAAAUGCUGAAAAGCAGCUGGGCCCCCUGGCAGCCUCAGAACAUACUCUGGGAAUAGCAAAAGUUGUACCAGCAAGGAAUGAGUCUGAAAAAUCAGAGAGACCAUCUUUCCCUUUGCAUCACCAUAGCAAGAGAGAGAGGACUCGAGGGGAGAGGCCACCUUUACGAAGCCCAGGCCAGCAACUACACUGCAAGCCUUUGCAGGCACCAGCAGAAACUUGCUAUCUCUUCACUGUUGAAGGAGAAUCCAAAACUUUUGGUUGGAGAGCCCAUUGUAAGAAGGACAGAGGAAACUGUGGAAAGUACAACCAAAACUUUCUGAAAUCUCGUACCAGAGAACAAGUAUCUGCAUGCACUGAUAAUAAAGAGCUAUGCACUGGAAGUACCUUGCCAGCCAAAGAGGGAACUUACUUUAGAGAAGAGAACAUUGGUAUGCAGAGGUGGACACCAAAGCAGGAACUUGAAACUCUGGACAAAGAGGAGGAUAGCCUGGAGAUAAGCCACCAUGAGGUCAGGAGAUCCACUAGGUGGCAGGGUCAGCAUGCAAUGCAGGAUUGCAGACGAUGGGGAAAAUCCAGAGGAAGAGAACACGGAUCUUAUUCUAGAAUGCCAAGAGGUCGAGGGUGGUCCAAACCCAAAACAAGUGGAGAACCACAAGUCCAGCAGACCAAAGAAAGCUCUUAGUAGGAAAAGGUUGAGGCAUGCAGAGUUCUAGAAGAGAAGAAGAUUGCUGUCGUGUUGUCAAUCACUAGUCUCUGAGAAGAAAGUGCAGCUGACUUGGAAUUCUCCUCUGACACAUAGGUGGUCUUCAUUUUGUGGAGCAGUAAUGAGCUUUCCUGAGAUCAUGAUACUGCCCAGGGAAUAUGGUAAAGCAUGAUUGUGAACCAAAUGCUGGUAUUAAUGGAUAAAUUAUAGAAUCUUGUAGCAAAUCAGCUGUGCUACAGUGGUCUUGAUGGGAUAUGGGGAGGAGUCAGUUCCUUGAUAUGAAACUUCAAAGUGUAGUUUUCAGCCCUUUACUCUUUGGUAUUUAAAAACAAAUUUAUUAAAAACAAUUCUCUUUGCAGAUGAGCUAUAGUGUAGCACAGUAUAGACAGCAUCAAAGGUAUUGACAAAUCUUGCUACACUUCUGGGCAUUAAGAGUUAUUGGUAUUUGAUGUGAUGGUGGCAUUGGUGUCUCUAAAAAGAGUGAGUGUGAGUCUUGACAACCCAUUAAAGUUCAGACGUUGUUAAGUGUACUGUUAAACAGAAAGGGCUGUGUUCAGUUUCAGAAAGCUGUGACCAGACUGCUGGAUGCUGAAUCCUCUGUUGGCUACUUAUAAUGAGUUGGAACUCAGCGGCAGUCAGCUUUGAAUGGUGAGCACUGAACACGCCUAUUUUAAAUAGCCAAAGGGCCUUUGUCUCUCAGGGAAGAGCAAGUUCUGAGAUAGCCAGUAUCUUAGAAUCUGGAUUCAGGAGUACCAAGCCCCUUAGUUCCAGGUAAUAACAUGCCUGAACUACUAAAUAAGAAGCUGUAGAGACACAAUUGAGGUACCUCUAAUCAUCACAAAUGUGACUGACACCCAGCAGUCAUACUCUAAUAGUGACCUUCUUUCUUCUAAGUUUUAGUUCUCUGCCUCAGGCUAUUUUGGAAUCCUGUAACUUUGGGACAGAACAAACAUUCUUGAGUAAGAUGUCACCCUAUGCAUUCUAAUUUUUGGUAACCUGUGUGUGUGUACAUGUGCACACAUGCACACACACCUGAUGUGAGAAAUAGCUCACCAUUUUGUAGGAGAUAACCCUUUUACCAAUUCAUUCCUAGUUUAUACAGUCCCGCUGUCCAACUUUUCAUGCACUAAGCCCAAUCUUCCCUUUAAAAGUCCAUUUUGCUCAGAGAGCCCAUCUAAACCUGCUGUGUGUAUAUUUGGACACUGUGCCAAACUUAUGAGCCGUACUUGUUACCUACUAUUUGCCAUUUUGCCAGAUGUUUGGGAUAUGCACACCACAAAAGUGUUUUGGUCUAGGAUGUAGGAAUGUAGUUGACCUGUUUAGGCUCUGGAAAAGCACAUCAUUCUCCUAAUUAAUGCUUUACCAUUUGACCUCAUAAUUUUGCGUUUGCACUGGCUGUGUAAUAAGAGCGACCUUGCAGACAGGUCUGGCUCAAAGUAUCUUGUUGCUCAUGGGCAGUUUGAAUUAGGUAAAUGACAGGGAAGGUUAUACUUCCUCCCAUGUCUCUGACAUGGGAACUUGCCUUGGACCUGAGUUGUCUGCACUGUCUGCACCACCACUUGCCUUAAUUUGCAGUGCUCCUGCCAGCCACUUCACUUACUCAUGCAGUGAACCAGUCAUGCUUACACAGUACCAUGGAAAUAUAGUAAUGUGUUAAUUUCUACCCUUUAAAUCUAGAGGAUGGUAUACAUACAAAUGUCAUUAUGAGCAACUCUAACAAAGGAUUGAACUGAGAUUGACCUACUUCAUAGGUCUGUGGUGAGAUGGAAUUUGUGACGAUAUGGUACAAAACCUGAAAGUAUUAAAAGUAAUCUGAAUAAA